GGGAAGGAAUCCGCGUUGCACAGGAAGUGACGAAAGUUUUCCGGUUGGCCCCUUCGGUUGUUUUGCUAAACUAGCAUGCUAUCAUGAAUUGACACGGAAGUCAACAUUUCAUUUGUUGAACGUCUUGAGGCUGGGCAGACAGUCAGGAGGCAGCCAUGUAUGCAUCUGGCAAAUACAGCUCCCGGGGGCCUCCUCUGAUCCCACGGAUGAAAAUCAAGCAUCGUAUAUACUAUAUCACACUCUUCUCCGUGGUGUUGCUUGGCCUCAUUGCCACUGGGAUGUUUCAGUUCUGGCCUCACUCCUUUGAGUCCGCAGCUGACCUGACCGUAGACAAACACAGUGCUCAAGAUGUUCCUCUGGUGCGCCUCCAAGUCUCCAAUCCUAUUCCUGAGAGGGGAGACCUUGGGUGUCGCAUGCACACUUGUUUCGAUGUGUAUAAAUGUGGCUACAACCCUAAGAACCGAAUUAAGGUUUACAUCUACCCACUGCAGAGAUAUGUUGAUGAACUUGGAGUUCCUAUCAGCAGCACUGGACUUUCUCGAGAAUAUAAUGACCUUCUCAGUGCCAUUUCGGACAGUGACUUUUACACUGAUGAUGUCAACAGGGCUUGUCUUUUUAUCCCAUCGACUGAUGUCCUGAAUCAGAACUCGCUGCGAAUCAAAGAGACUGCCCAAGCUUUGGCAAUGCUACCCAGGUGGAACAAGGGUAUGAAUCAUCUCCUUUUUAACAUGCUGCCAGGGGGCCCACCAGAUUACAACACUGCUUUGGAUGUACCCAGAGACAGAGCGCUCUUGGCUGGAGGGGGUUUCUCCACAUGGACGUACAGACAAGGUUACGACAUCAGUAUCCCAGUUUACAGCCCCCUCUCUGCUGAUGUUGAGCUACCCGAGAGACAGCCUGGGCCUCGCCGCUACUUCAUCCUGUCAUCUCAGACAGCCAUUCACCGUGAAUAUCGGGCUGAACUUGAACGCCUGAAGGAAGAAAAUGGCGAGGCUCUACUCCUUCUGGACAAGUGUAGCAACCUCUCCCAGGGAGCUACCUCUGCUCGGAAGCGUUGUCACAAGGGACAGGUGUUUGACUACCCGCAGAUCCUGCAGGAAUCCUCCUUUUGUGUGGUUUUGAGGGGCGCACGCUUAGGUCAGGCUACUCUCAGUGAUGUGCUGCAAGCUGGUUGCGUCCCUGUCAUCCUUGCUGACUCCUACAUCCUCCCUUUUUCUGAAGUUCUUGACUGGAAAAGAGCAUCGGUGGUUAUCCCAGAGGAGAAGCUCUCCGAGAUGUACACCAUCUUGAAGAGUAUUCCGCACAGACAAGUGGAGGAGAUGCAGAGACAGGCACGCUGGUUCUGGGAAGCCUAUUUCAGCUCCAUGAAGGCCAUUGGACUGACUACGCUCCAGAUCAUCAAUGACCGCAUCUACCCAUAUGCCGCAAAUACAUAUGAGCAGUGGAACAAUCCAACUGUUGUGAAGUGGUCCAGUGUAAACAGUCCCUUAUUCUUGCCACUUAUCCCACCGAGAGCACCUGGGUUCACAGCGGUGGUGCUGACCUACGAUCGAGUCGAGAGCCUUUUCCGAGUCAUCACAGAAAUUUCAAAAGUUCCUAGCUUGGCUAAGUUGGUGGUGGUUUGGAACAACCAGAACAAGAGUCCUCCUGAGGAAUCUCUUUGGCCUAAGGUUGGCGUGCCUCUCAAAGUUGUGCGCACCAAAGAGAACAAGCUGAGUAACCGCUUUUUCCCCUAUGAUGAAAUUGAGACUGAAGCAGUGUUGGCCAUUGAUGAUGACAUCAUCAUGUUGACUUCCGAUGAACUGCAGUUUGGCUAUGAGGUAUGGAGGGAGUUCCCUGACAGGCUUGUGGGUUAUCCAGGCCGACUGCACUUGUGGGACCAUGAAAUGGGAAAGUGGAAGUACGAGUCAGAAUGGACCAAUGAGGUCUCCAUGGUUCUAACGGGCGCUGCUUUUUAUCAUAAGUACUUCAACUACCUGUACACAUACAAGAUGCCUGGAGACAUCAAGAACUGGGUUGACGCACACAUGAACUGUGAAGAUAUUGCCAUGAACUUUCUUGUGGCCAACAUUACUGGCAAAGCCCCCAUUAAGGUGACUCCCAGGAAGAAGUUCAAGUGUCCUGAGUGUACAGCCAUCGAUGGACUGUCCCUGGAUCAGACUCACAUGGUGGAGAGAUCGGAGUGCAUCAACAAGUUUGCAUCCGUUUUCGGCACAAUGCCUCUGAAGGUGGUGGAGCAUCGGGCCGACCCAGUUCUCUACAAAGACGACUUCCCAGAGAAGCUCAAGAGCUUCCCCAACAUCGGCAGCCUCUGACCCGCAUGUCAUUUGCAUUUAGAGCUCACCACAGCGUCAGCAGAGACGCACUUGACUUUUCUGACAUCAUGUCUUGACCUGCGCUCUGAUUUUAUGUUCCCCUCACUACCUUUACAUUAGUUUAAAUUAAUUGUUUUUGGGUUGUUGUUUUUUUACACCUAAUGUGUUAAAAUCAUGACUGAUGUGAGAUCUUUUACUGAUCUCUUGCUAUUAUGGGAUCAUUUAUGUAUUUCAAUUAUGCUCCAAGAAUGAUUUGUAGAGCUAUUUGAUUUUCCACAUUUUACAUGUUGAAACAAUUUGGUGGACUUAAAUCAGGGUUGGGAAGCAAAAACAAAAAAGUCAUUUUUGCCGUUAGCUUCAUGCAGAUAAGACAAGUUACCAGACUAAGCUGCUUUUAAAAAUCUAGUAAGUUGAGCUACUAGUUUGUUUUCUGUGCAUGUGAUGUCAAAUUUGUCGUGUGUUCGACACUAGUCCCACGUUUAUUACAGGAGUUAUGUCCCCAAAAUGCCAAUAGGCAAAAACCAUGAAGUAGAAGUCAACUUUUUCUUUUUCAUCCCAUCCCAACGCCGCUUAUUCUGUUCAGGUUUGCGGGGGGUGCUGAAGCCUAUCCCCGCUCACAAUGGUCAAAAGGCGGCCCACACCCUGAACUUGUCGCCACUCAGUUGCAGGGCAUACAUAGACACUUAUUGUUCAGACAAAUGAAAACCCUCAAAAGAGUGAAGUGUCAAUAUCUGUACCGCAAUGGAGCAAGGUAACACUGAAUACAGUACGGACGUGUUCUGAACUGGUGUAUAAUUGUUGAUGCAAUGUUAUUUAUCUGGUUGAGUUUUGUGUCUGAAUGUCCUUUUAUAUCCUUUAUUCAUUAGAUGUUACAGAUUUUAUGAUGUUACUGUUGCCUUGCAAUGUUUGGGUUUGAUAUCCGUGAGGUCAUUGGUGCGUAUUCUAACUUUGUAUUAUAAAAUAAAAUGAAAGCUCCCAAAACAA